AUUCCGCUCAUCUCUGUUGAAGCAUAUUGCUGGAGAGUAUUCAAUUUCCCUGGAAGCAAGAGCCCCUAGCAGAGGGUACCGUGAUAUCAGCCAAUCGAGAUGACAUAGCCGUGCUUGGGUUUAGCAAGAAAGGAUCAUGUCUACAACGACAGCUUCUAUUCGUUGAGAAAAUGGUUCAAUUCCGGUGCGAUGGAGGGGUUCAAAUGGAAGACAGUCAUCGAUAACGUGAAGCUCGUUUAAAUCUGCGCAAUGGUUCAGGUUACGAGAGCUGGUGGUUUGAUGCAGUUGAAGAUUACUCUUCGAACGUGCUCUCGUAUCCCAAGGACAGACUGGAUGGCUUGGCUGGUGUGGCCAAAUUUAUUUCAGACCAUCUAGUAGAGACAGAGAAAAGAACAGAGUAUCUUGCAUAAUUGUAGCUCAACCGCGAGUCGAGAGGCAACUUCGAUGGGAGUAUGUCGAACCAAAAUUGCCGUACACUGUCAUAUUGGAAUCAUUGCAGGACGAAGAAGAAUUUAUUGCUCCAUCUUGGACCUGGGCAUCUCGAAACACCGGUGUCUUUUUUCCUAUGAGUGAGGAGGAUAGUCUCUUUCAGGUUAUCGAGUAUGCCUUACAGCUGCUUGACACUAGUGCUAUGAUUGCAGUUAAAUUUGGAUCGUCAACUAGUCUUCGCGGAAAGUGUCGACAAACGCCAGAUGAGCCAAUAAGUGGCUGUUUCAAGCAAAAGUAUGUCCAUCCUUUCGAAAUAGGGGAAAGUAGGCUCUGCAAGAAAUGGAAAAUAUCUGGUUCUUAUGGUCGUGUCAGCUUUUGGUUAGAUUGGGUACCAAAUACAAAGGACCCUAAUCACGAAGGAAGAGAAAUUCAACGGCAACUUCAGCUCUUCGCUAUAACCAAGAAUCCUAGUAAAGGGAGGACGGAAAAAACCUCUGGCCUUUUACUCUUACCAUUUUAAAGUUCCAAAGGCACUGUAUGCCGUAGAGUUCGGGUAUUUCAACGAAGUGGGGGACUUCGAAUGGUUCUGGAGUCAGCCAGACCGCGAUAUUACUAUUUGGUAAAAACUCUAGUUUCUAUAUUUCAAUUUUAAUCUAUCGAAGGAGCAUUCAAACUGCUUAUCCCAUAUUGCUCUCCAAUUUUGUGGCUAAAGACUAAGAGAAAAGUAUGUUAACGUGAGCCAUGGCGUCAUUAUAUCAAGGGUAACUACUCCCCAAAUAAAUUUUAAUUAUUGAACAAUCAUGUUUGUAUGAACUAGGCAGGAAGCG